AUGUUAGACCUGGUAAGAAACAAGAAGGUACUCAUCAAUGCUCACCAACUAUACUAUACUAGCGAAAGGCUGAAUCCCCGUCACAACCCAACGUCUCCUUCCUCCCUGACUUCCAUACAAACCGACCAGCUGUUGCAACCAAAAUCCUCCAUUUUUUCAUUGCCUGCCUCACUGCCGGUCAUAGAUCAUGGUGAUCACCACAGCCAUGAGCCUGAGAUCUGUACUCUGAAGCCAAGCGAUCUGACCCUCUUAAGUCGUUGGUGUGCCAGUACAUAUCGAUCUCUCACACCCGAUGGCAAAAACGGCCAAAUCUGGAGAAGCACAAUCGUCCGAGAGGCAAUGAGCAACCCGCCACUGCUGAAUAGCAUUCUAGCCGUGGCAGCAUUAGAUAUCGCUUACACUUGCGGAGGGGACAGCGCACAGAGAGAUCAACACGAUCACCAACAAAUCCAGUGUCUAGCUGUUCUACAUUGGGAUUAA